UCCUAUCUCUCUCUUCUUGCUUACACUGUUGUUUGGGUGACGUAUUUGCAGCUGGGUCUCUAGUCCUACACAAUCUCCCUCUCUUUCUCUCACUCUCAGGGUUGGAAAAGCUCACGUGUGUACCUAGCAGCUAGGACCCUUCCAGGAAGGAAAUGUAGUCAGCAGAGAGCAGUGGUGGUCUGAGAGAGAGGGGGAUACAGAACGUUGAGAAUGCAGCCAGGGAAAGACACCUGGAAAGGCUGUAGAAUGUGUGGAAUGCCGCCAGCCCCUCUCAGGACACAACAUGUGAAGGAGGGGGUUAAGAUGAUAUCAACUCACCUGGCUGCAGGACACACUAAGGUGUAGUUAGUCUAAUUCUAUUGCACUUGGUCAGAGAAUGGCUGACACUAAGUGAGUAAGGUUUCCCAGCAGCAGAGCUAACGUUAGUGCCAAGGUAAACAAGCUCGCCAGACUAGCUAGAAAGAAAUUACUCUCAACAUUCAGCCUUCGGUUCAUCUCCAGUGGCAUGUUUGAUGUGCGUUUUUUUAGCUCUGCGUGCCAGGCCUGCACACGGCCGGUGAGUGAGACUGGUGCCAAGAUGGGCGACCAGGAUGUUUAUGACAGAAUGUUUGGGUCCCAGAUAGACGGAGAGAUGGACGAGGAUAAAGAUGAAGAAGGAGAAAGUGAAACGAGGGGGUCGGGGAAAGGCGCUCAGAGUUUCUGCCAGUUCUCGUCCUCUCUGCGUACUGUGGUUCGCAUCAAACAGAAGUACCAGGCCAUGAAGAAACGACGGCUGGAGUUGGCCGGGAUGGGGGGAGGAGGGCUAGUGUUAGGGGCUGGUCUCCACACUGGUGCCCCUGUUCGCAGCAGCCCCAAAAUCUUCACCUUCGAGACCCCCUCCAGCUCCCCCUCUGCCUUAUCGUCGCUCUUCCUAAAGAUGAAGAAGAAGAAGUCGCGGCGGGUCAUGUUCCCCAGUGGAGGGGGGCGCAAGGCCCCCGUCGUACAGGAACACAGCCGAGCAACGAUCUGCCUCUUCCUCCUCUGCACCAUCCUCUUCUUCCAGGUGUAUAAUGCCAUAGAGAACCUUGAUGACCACGUCCUGAAGUAUGACCUGGGAGGAUUAGAGAAGACUCUGUGUAGGGAGGUGUUUGGUCAGCAGGGAGCGAUGGAUGCUCUGUUAGCACAGCUCAGAGACUACCUCUCUACCUACGUCCACAGUAAACCCUUGGUCCUGUCCUUACACGGACCCAGUGGCGUGGGGAAGAGCCACGUAGGGCGACUCCUGGCUGGCCACUUCCGCUCGGUGGUAGGCGAGCCCCUGGUUCUACAGUACUUUGUGUUGCACCACUGCCCCCUGGAGGACGAAGCCUGGCGCUGCGCCCGAGCCCUGUCGAUCUUAGUGUCAGAGACAGUGCUGAGAGCAGAGGAGGAGGAGAAAAUUCCUCUUUUCAUCUUUGACGAAGCAGAGCACCUUUACCCAGAGCUUCUUGAUGCAUUGAGUGACUUGGUCCGCUCAAACCGCUCCAACGAAUACCUGAACGCAGUCUACCUGUUCCUGAGCAACCAAGGACACACCCACAUCACCAUGCACCUGCUGUACAACUCCUCCAGCGACUCCAUGAUGACCGCAUCUGGACACCACGGCAAACUCGUCAAGGAGCUGAAUCCGUUGUUGCGCAACACUCUGGUGAAGCUCCACCCACUGUGGGCAGAAGCUGAACUCUUACCAAUGACCCUGCUGGAGAAAGGUCACGUGAUGGAGUGCUUCCUGGAUGAGAUGACAAGGGAGGGGUUCUACCCGGACCGUACCAACGUUGAGAGGCUGGCGGGAGAGAUAGAGUACUACCCUGUGGUAGGGGGCCACGUGUAUGCCCAGACAGGUUGUAAACAGGUGGUUGCUAGGGUCAACCUGCUAUGAGAGACUUAGAACUGCAGGGGAAAGUUGUGAUUAGAUGAGAUGUCUCCUGAGAAAAGACAGUUCUGGUCCAUAUCCUUUUGGUGUUUCUUAUGAUCCACCAAGCAAACAUUACCAACGUUACAAGCCAGAACCCAUCCUUGAAAAACAUUUUUAAAUAAAAAGGUAUAUGUCUGAGAAUGAGGAGUAUCUCCAUGACGGCUAAUCAUGUCCGAUAAUCAUGUUUUUUACGUUCUGUAACUGAACCUCCCAAACAAGACUCUUGAUUACUGGACGAAUAGAUAAUGACCAUUUUUGGUAUGAAAGGGAAAAGAGAGAGGUGAGUUUGGGAUAAUAUCCUAGCCUGCACAUGUACAGAGUGAAGUCACAAUCAGAUGUUAUGGUGAGACACGGCUGUGCCCUUCUCCCACAAUGCUGUUAGUCAAAAUACUCACGGUAAUAGACAGACCCACUCCUGAUAGAGGACGAGAGAAGUGAUUGGACCAAAUGAGUCUGGCUGUGGCAUUGACAACAGCAGAUCAGGAAAAUGUGAUGCAGUAUUUGAUGCAUUUUGUUAACAAAAAGAAUGUAUUGAUUAAACUAUCAUCCUGUCUAAA